UGAUCUUUUUUAAGAGCCGAGUGCGAAGAUCUGAGCACGAAGAAGAAGCAGUGGGUGUGACGAAAAAACAGAUCUUUCCCCCCCACAAAUCUUAGCUCCGGUCUUGGAUCCCGACAAUGGAGGUGUUCUACUACAUGGUGUUCGGAGCUUUGGGCGUGUUGGUCGCCGCCAUGGAGCUUAGCAAGAACAACAAGGAUCGGAUCAACACUUCUUCAGCUUUCAAUUCCUUCAAGAACAAUUACCUCCUUGUGUAUUCGCUCAUGAUGGCGGGAGACUGGUUGCAGGGUCCAUAUGUGUACUACCUCUAUAGCACUUACGGAUUUGGGAAGGGAGAGAUCGGACAGCUUUUCAUUGCUGGUUUUGGUUCCUCCAUGUUGUUUGGCACAAUUGUUGGAUCUCUUGCCGACAAACAGGGCCGUAAGAGAGCUUGUAUUACGUAUUGCAUUACGUAUAUACUGAGCUGCAUCACCAAACAUUCACCUGAAUACAAAAUUCUGAUGGUAGGCCGUGUUUUGGGAGGAAUUGCCACUUCCCUUCUGUUUUCAGCCUUUGAGUCAUGGCUAGUUGCAGAGCACUUUAAGAGGGGCUUUGAUCAACAAUGGCUGUCGCUGACUUUCUCAAAGGCGAUAUUUCUUGGCAAUGGUCUUGUUGCUAUUCUGGCCGGAUUAUUCGGGAACCUGCUUGUUGAUUCCUUCUCGCUUGGCCCUGUGGCACCGUUCGAUGCCGCUGCAUGCUUUCUCGCCAUUGGAAUGGCCGUCAUUUUAUCGUCAUGGACUGAAAACUUUGGCGAUCCUUCAGAAAACAAGGACUUGCUUACUCAGUUCAAGGGUGCCGCUGUGGCCAUUGCUUCCGAUGAAAAGAUUGCUCUUUUGGGUGCGAUCCAAUCGCUGUUUGAAGGAUCCAUGUAUACAUUUGUAUUCCUCUGGACUCCUGCUCUAAGCCCAAACGACGAGGAAAUUCCCCAUGGAUUCAUUUUCGCAACUUUUAUGCUGGCUUCGAUGCUCGGGAGCUCACUCGCAUCUCGCUUGUUGGCACGCUCUUCUCCCAAAGUCGAAAGCUACAUGCAGAUCGUCUUCAUGGUUUCCUCUGCCUCACUUCUGCUUCCGAUAAUAAUGACUUUCUUUGUAGCGCCUUCUAAGGUAAAAGGUGGAGGAAUCUCUUUCAUGGGUUGCAUCCAGCUUCUUGGGUUCUGCAUAUUUGAGGCAUGUGUCGGAAUAUUCUGGCCUUCCAUUAUGAAGAUGAGAUCUCAAUACAUUCCGGAGGAAGCCAGAAGCACCAUCAUGAAUUUUUUCCGCAUCCCGUUGAAUAUCUUUGUCUGCGUUGUCUUGUACAACGUGGAUGCGUUCCCUAUCACGGUCAUGUUUGGAAUGUGCUCUAUCUUCCUUUUUAUCGCAUGUAUCCUGCAAAAGAGGCUCAUGGCCAUAGCUGACAAACCAAAGACAAGUGACUGGUCACAACAGCUCAAGGAAAGGGAGGGAGAAGACGAGCCACUUAACAUUUGAUGAACACCAAACAUCAACAGAAGAAGCUGUUCGAUUUUUGUAUUUUCCAUUGCUUUGUUUUAAGCUCUUUUCCAGACAACAACACUCUCUGGAUGCAGUAAGAGGGACAUCUAGAAGAAGGUAAGAAAGAGGCCCUUAGUUAAUCAUCAUAGUGUUUUUUUUUUUUUUUUUUUUUGCAUGUUCUUGGCUAAUUAUUGUUGAAUCAGAUUCAAAGACAGUUUAAAAACUGAAAGCAAGUUUCCUGUUUCUGUC